CACCCACAUCGCCGCUAUUUCUCCCCUCCAAUGCCGAAACCGCCAACCUCUCCCGCUCCCGCUCCGCGCCAAUUCCCGCCAACAACCCACCGGCGGCCAUGGACAUGUCGGCGAUCGCCGCCCGCCUCGGCCUAUCCGGCUCCCGCCCCGUCGUCCGCAAGGCCGCCGAGCUCCGCCGCCUCUGCGACAUCAACUUCGACUCCUCCGUCCUGGGCAUCGGGGAGGUGUGCAAGGCCAUCAUCUGCCUCGAGAUCGCGGCGACCAAGUUCCAGGUGAUAUUUGACCGCGCGGAGGCGGUGCGGAUGAGCGGGAUGUCGGACAAGGCGUACAUCAGAUCGUUCAACGCGCUGCAGAAUGGGCUCGGCGUCAAGACGACCUUGGAUGUGCGUGAGUUGGGCAUCCAGUUCGGCUGUGUCAGGCUCAUACCUUUUGUGCAGAAGGGGUUGGCACUCUACAAGGAGCGUUUCUUGGCUGCAUUGCCUCCUUCUCGCCGCUCAAGCACCGACUUUGGUCGGCCAGUGUUCACCGCAGCAGCAUUCUAUUUAUGUGCCAAGAGGCAUAAGCUCAAAGUUGACAAACUAAAGCUAAUCGACCUGUGUGGUACUUCUAGCUCUGAAUUUACAACGGUUUCAACAUCCAUGGGAGAUCUUUGCUUCGAUGUUUUUGGAAUAGCCAAGGAGAAGAAGGAUCCAACUACCAUUAAAGGGAACAGAGAGCUGCUGGAUGUAUUGCCUAGCAAAAGGAAACAUGAGGAUGACAGUGAUAAUUCUGAUGAAUCAUCGGGUGAUGACCAAGAUGAGCUAGAUCUACCAACUCACAAAAGGCACAAGAAGAUGGAAAAGCAAGCAUACAAUCAGUGGAAGUCUACAGUUCUAUCCACCAACAAGGAAACCAAACCAGACCCUGCCAAGCCCAGGAAGCAGGCUCAGCUUAACUUCAAGAAGAAACUGUCAGACGCUGCCUUGGAAGUACCCCCAGCAGCAAACUAAAUUAAUCUGAACCUGUGCUCACAAGGAUGGAAUAGCUGAGAGACCGAGGCUGGAAGUGUUGUACAAAUCAUGGAGCUAGUUCUUAAUGCAGAAAGAACACUUCUGGCUCAGUUCACAACUUCACAUCUUCAUUUUUGAUACUGUAUGUAAGGCGAUGGCAUUGUUCAAUUAUCCAUGACAAGUGUUACAAUCAGGAACAUUCUUUUAUAAACGAGGUUGGUAUGUUUAUUUAUGUA